CUUCACUUUAAGCCUGACAUCCCCAGCUCGGAGACAAGAUGAAAGCCCAUGAAAGGAGCCCCUGAGAUUGCAGCCGGAAUGAAUCAAGUGGAGCUGUGGUUGGGUGUUCUCUCUCUUCUGCCACUUGUGAUCCUUGUAAUGCUCUGUUCCAGGUGUAGACUAUUUGGGAAUCGCACUAUAAUCAGAGAGGAGACCAGGAAAACAGGUCAAAGUGUUCACAUAAAUGAAGACAAGAAACGAUUUGAAGUAGUUAGAUCAUAUACUGUAUCUCGACCAGAACAAACACCAAGGCCAGAACCAGCAAUGGGGAAUGUGGCUGCCACACAUCAUUCACUUUCACAAGUUCCACCAGCUUCAGGCAGCCCACCAAGCUACGGCAACCUAGCUAUUGCAAACCAAUAUGAACAUGAGCAGAAUUACAUAAAUCCUUUAGCUGCAGAAUAUUAUUGCUUCCCUGCGGAAUAUCUCAAACCUCCUCAUGAUGAUGAUUCAACUUCAUAUGAAAAUGUGGAGAUCAGGAAAACUGAGAGUCAUACAUCUGUAGAGUCAGGUGGGAGUUAUGAGAACUGUGAAUACGCCGUGAAAUGGAAGCUUCAGGAGAAACCAGAAGAAAAGAAAUAUGGGAAUAACUCUGAUGAAGAUGAAGAACCAGAUUAUGUUAACACCGUUCCUUGUCAGUCUCUGUAAAGCAUACAGAAAUCUGGGGGAAAAAAUCUUUAUAAUUCAGCCUUCUGCAGUCCGUGAAGUUAACUACUCUUUGCUGAACUCAAAUGAACUGUCGAAGAGGGAGAUAGUCUACAAAUCUCUGGAAAAUUCCUUCCUUUCUCCCAACGCAAGCUUUCUUUGUGUGUUUCUUAGUUCUGCUAAGAAUAUCUACAACAUCGACAGAUAUUUAGCAACAUCAUCUAUUAAUUUAUUUCUGCACAAGAAUCACAUUCUAAUGGUGCACUUUCCCACUGAAACGUGCUAAUUCUAGUGUUUCAACAACAUUUUCAUCUCAAUUGGAAGAUUUCAAUAAUGAUAUUCCAUAUCGAACCAAGUCCUGUGCCUCCUCUGGAAUUACUUAAGUGAUUCCAUUGCGUUUCCAUUAUGGCAACUAUUCAGGACUAUCUUUUUUUUAAAUUCACAAUUCAAUUCACAAACUGAGGACGAGAAAUAAUAGGACAUUAUUGGCAGAAUUGUAUUUUUUUAAAUUAAAUUAUUGUAUCUGUUAUUGAAUUUAAAUUGUAUUGAUUGAAGGUGAAUAGUUUAGAUUCAGUGUCCCAGACUCUACAAAUUAACCCAAAGUUAUUGAAGAGCAUCAGAGCUCUGGUGGUACUUAUUAAAAAUGGUGCCUUGUAUUAAGCCCUUCUGUAUCAGUGAUGCUCACUGAGGUCCUGUUAAGAAUAGCACAGAAUUUCAUUCAGUAUUCAUGGGUCAUGCAGUUCUAAAGAAAUCGGAACCUAUUUUAUGGAUCAAUGGAAAUCUCUGCACCAAUUUAUAAUCAAGCUGUUUUGUUCCUGUGUACUAACUUGUUCAACAUUUUACAUUUUGUAUAUUAAAUGAUUAAAAACA